CCAUUUUUAAAUAUUUAUUUACAGGUGUGGCUUUUCUAAAUAAAAACAAGAAAAAUAACAUUUUAUAACAACAAAGAUGCAAAACUUGUGAUAUAAUCAUACUAAUAGUAAUCUGUUAUUGAACCCUGGUGUUUAACUUCACAAAGUUUAUACUUCAUUGUGCCUCAAAUCUGCAUGAUACACAGGGCGUCAACCGUUUUGAAGUAAAGUCCACAUAAUGUACGGCCGUAAAACUCCGUCUACAUACCGUUCAACGCCGUCUGUGUAUUCUCAUUACACUGGCAAAUCAUCAACAAAUCUAAGGUCAUCAAAAUCAGUACGCUCUCUUAGAGCCCCAUGGUAUCAAAAACCUAUAUUACAUGAUGCAUUCGUAUUGGACCUGCAGAGGGGAUCCCUGCUUACAGGUUUCAUUUCUGUGUUCAUUGCCUUGUUCACCUUUGCACAAAGCAUAUUCGAUCUCUACUGUCUGGGCAUGGCAGCACCAGGGUCUGUGCAUUAUGGAUAUUAUGUUAUAAGUUUUCAGUUUGUCUAUGUUGGCAGUGCACCAGUUCGUAAUGUGCUGAUAGUGUUUUCUCUGUUCUCUUGGAUUGGUUCAGUUGUCGUCCUGAUUACAAGCAUUAUACUGAUCAUUGCAUUGAGAAAGGAGUACGAGAAACGCGUUGUCCCAUGGCUGUACUCAUUUGGGGUAUUUAUAUCAUUCCGCACCAUAGCGUUCAUAUUUGCGGCUAUAGUGAACGAUAUGAUAUUCGCUUACAACAUCUUUAUGUGCCUGUGUUGGAUCGUGUUCUGUGUUACCGGCAUGUACGGAUGGUUAUUGGUAUAUAGCCUGUACUUGGAAUUGUCCGAUUUGACUAAGCUGGAGGAUUUGGCUCAUUUGAGGAUGGGCACGAUGGCAUCUCUCAACGCAUCGCUCGCCGGUUCGCGACCCACCACACCACAUUCAACAGUCUCGACAAUGCCCGCCUCGCAGAUUUGAUGCGAUGUCAAGACCGCCCCGAAUCUGAAGUCUGCACCUCUCAGCGAGGAGUGCGUUCCCCUGGCGAAAGAGGAGCCAUUACCCUUGGAUGAGGAGGCAGUGCCCUUAACUGAGGGUGGUCUUGAAACUACUGUAUGAUAUUUUAACCUACUUUAUAUCAAAGUCUGUAUAAACUUUAACCCUAGAAAUACUUCUCACCCACUGUGCCUGAAUAUGGAGUAUUUUCUAACAUAAAUCAAUUUUGAUUUUUUAUAUUUUCAUUUGUUACUGUUUGACAAACUUGGAAACAAUAUUUAUGUAAAAUAAUAUUGAAUUUGGGGGCAAAACUAAAAUUACUUUGAUCAAUAUUACGAAUACUGCCUAAAAUUUAAUAAUUAACUUCGCGUUGUGUGUUAUAAGAGUGUUACGAAUAACUAAUGUGUUGCAUUUAUUAUGUAAGUAUUACUUUUUUGUGUCUGCGAUGGAUAUGUCGGAACUAAAAGGGUUCUGUUCAGAUAGUUGUGUUUUGUCUGCGGGUAAAUAAUGCCAUAUUAGAAGGAAUAGGUCUCAAAAUCGUAAAAACAGUUAAAAAGCUCAAAAUUGUAUACUUCAUUAACUUCUUUUGAUUACUAUUUAAGCUAUCAAACAUUCCUUUUGCAUGUAGUGCAUCUGAGAUUGUUAUUUCUGUUGUACUGCAAUUUUUUAUAUCUUUCGGCAGUGUUUCGCACAUUUUAAAAUAUAUUGUUUUGAAAUGCAAUUUUUUAUUGCUUGAAUACAUAAAUAUUAUGCUAUUAAAAUAGGGGUUUACACUUUUGUUACGCAACACAUUUUCAGUCUUAAGUUAACUGUACCAGAACCAAGAAUGUGAGUUCUAACAGUGUUGAGUAGAUAAAUGAGCAAAAGGCUAAAUUGUCUGUGUAUCUUAUUAGGAGUGUCUAUCUAGGCAAUGCAAAUAAUAUUUUAUUAAUAUUUCUAUACUUUUAAAAUUAUAAAUGCCCUUAUUUGUAUUUUUUAACUCCGUCCAAUGGUUUAUGGAUAAGCAUAUUUCUUAAUAUACUUUUCGUGUGUAUAUUUGUUACAGAAAUAUAUUUAAACUAAUUUCAAUAUUGAAUCUCAAAUAAAUAUACAUUUUAUACGU